AAUUAGAAGCUUCAAUUAAAAAUAAUGAGAUUAUUACAGAGUUUAAACAAACUACAAACGUAAAUUUGAUAUUAUAUACUAAUGCUAUGAAGUAUAAUCCUACAAUUAGUGGAUAUCAAAAAUUUUAUAAAGUACCUCAAGCAGAUAAUUUAUAA